UUGCCGCUCCCAAGAUGGCGCUGCGGUAGUGACGGGUGGCGGAAGGAGGUGUCUGCAGUGGGACCGGAUAGCGGAGCGCGGCUUCGGCGCCCCGCGGCAGGAUGAUCCCCACUGAGGAGGUGUCGGCCCGCAGGAGGGAGAUCGAGGACAAGCUCAAACAGGAAGAAGAAACUCUGUCCUUUAUCAAAGAGAGCCUUGAGAAGAGUGACCAGCUUACAAAGAACAUGGUUUCUAUCCUCUCCUCCUUUGAAAGUCGUUUGAUGAAGCUGGAGAACUCAAUCAUCCCUGUCCAUAAACAGACAGAGAACUUGCAGCGCUUGCAAGAGAAUGUGGAGAAAACCCUGUCCUGCUUAGAUCACGUCAUCAGUUACUACCAUGUGGCUAAGGACACAGAGAAGAUCAUAAAGGAAGGCCCCACUGGGAGGCUGGAGGAAUACUUGAAUUGCAUGGACAAAAUCCAGAAGGCGGUUGAAUACUUCCAGGACAACAAUCCGGACAGCCCAGAGCUGAACCGUGUGAAAUCCCUCUUUGAGAGGGGCAAGGAGUCCCUGGAAUCAGAGUUCCGCAGCUUGAUGACACGGCACACCAAGCCGGUCCCACCUGUCCUCAUCCUGGACCUGAUCAGCGGGGAUGAUGAAAUGGAGACGCAGGAGGAGAUGUCUCUGGAGCACCUCCCGGAGAGUGUGCUGCAUGAUAUAAUCCGUAUUUCUGGCUGGCUGGUGGAAAAUGGCAGGAAUCAAGAUUUCAUGACUGUUUAUUUCCAAAUCCGCUCUGUCCAGCUUGACCGCUCCAUCAAGGGGCUGAAGGACCAUUUCCGUAAGAACAGUUCCUUCACGGGGGUGCCCUAUUCCCCUGCCAUUCAGAACAAAAGAAAGGACACCCCCACCAAAAAGCCAAUCAAGAGACCGGUCCUCAUCCCAGGUCAUGAGCAUGAUUUACGAGUUAAACACCUUUCCGAUACCCUGAGCGACAAGCAUGGGCCGGCUGCUGGGAGGGAUGACGUCUUUGACAUCGAGAUUGAUGCAUACAUUCACUGCGUUAGUGCCUUUGUCAAACUGGCCCAGAGCGAAUACCAGCUCCUGACAGAAAUCGUCCCCGAACACCACCAGAAGAAGACCUUUGAUUCUCUCAUCCAGGAGUCAUUGGAUAACUUGAUCAUGGAGGGGGAUAACAUUGUCUCAGCUGCCCGGAAAGCCAUCAUCCGACAUGAUUAUUCAGCUGUGCUCACAAUCUUCCCCAUCCUUAAGCAUCUUAAGCAGAUGAAGCCAGAAUUUGACCAGGUCUUGCAAGGCACUGCAGCAGGCACUAAGAACAAACUGCCAGGGCUUAUCACUUCUAUGGAGACCACUGGUGCAAAGGCCCUGGAAGAGUUUGCAGACAAUAUUAAGAAUGAUCCGGACAAGGAAUAUAACAUGCCAAAAGAUGGAACAGUUCAUGAACUCACCAGCAACGCCAUCCUUUUCCUACAGCAGUUGCUGGAUUUCCAGGAAACAGCGGGUGCCAUGCUGGCAUCACAAG